AUGACGCCGUGGCUGAUAACGCCAGUGAGUUGCUUCGCCAAAAUUGCUAUCAACCCCGCUUAUUCGCGUGCAGUCUUUCUGGAUCCUUCUAUCGACCCCAGGAUGCUCUGUCCUUAUUGCGACACGCGUCUUCCUGAUCGCCCCACCCCCCUUCUGCGCCGACUUCUCGCCAAUAUAGCGAAAAAGUCCCGGCCUAGCCCUCGUCCUACGAAUCCCUUGGGCCGAAAAGCUCCAUUAGAGGUCUUUAUCGCCCUAUGCCAGCGACACCGCUUUGAAAGCGUCACUUUGCCGGAAGCAGAGCGCAACGGAUGGCCCAAGGAAAUCGCAUGGGCGAAAUUAGAGGGCCGAGUACAGAAGAUGAAGCGCGAAUUGCGUGCACUGAUUUCGGAUCGAAACGCCCGCAGCAACAGUAUUUUUUGGACGGAGAUCAUGAAGGAAGUCAAGGCGAAAGGUUCGCGCGCCGUCGCCGGGGUGAGAAAUCAGUUCGCUACCUUUGAGAAAACUCAGCCCGGAUAUUAUGGUGAACAGGGAUCUGUUAUUAUAUACCAAACAUUGUUCAAUCUGUUCCCGCCUGCAUCUAUUCACCCCGACCAGGUGAAACCUUUGACCCCCAACGAGUUUACGCAAAGAAUUCUUGUUCCAGAGGUUGCGACGCGAUUAAUCCGUCAAGACAUGGGAGUUUCACCUUCGAAAGCGGUGAAAAUCCUCCGAGAGAGUGCCAGUUACGGCGUGGCUAUGUUCCCUGAAGAUGGCGGUGGAUGGGGA